GGGGCGAGCCCGGACCGGGCGGACCCAGCGCGAGCCCAGGCGCGCGUCCCCGUGACGUCCCAGGGAGGUCCCGCCCCCAGCUGCCCUCGGCUCCCGCUAUCACCGCGGCUCCCUUGCGCCCCGGAAGCCGCCCCUUCACGGGGGUCAUGAUGGGCAGCAAGAUGGCGUCUGCCAGCAGGGUCGUCCAGGUAGUCAAGCCACACACUCCAUUAAUAAGAUUUCCUGACCGAAGAGACAAUCCUAAACUCAAUGUAUCAGAAGCUUUGAGAUCAGCAGGGUUACCAUCUCACUCUUCUGCAAUUUCCCAGCAUUCUAAGGGAAGUAAAUCACCAGAUUUGCUGAUGUAUCAGGGUCCACCAGAUACUGCAGAAAUAAUAAAAACAUUGCCUCAGAAAUAUAGAAGGAAACUUGUAUCUCAAGAAGAAAUUGAAUUUAUCCAAGUAUGUUGGUGUGCUUUAUCAUAAGACUGUGCAAAACACUAUAACAUUUU